UGAGCAGGCCCUCGACAUACUUCAACAUGAUUUUAAGGUCUGAGAUCCUGGUGUUGUCCUCUUUGCUCGUUGGCCGCACCUACUCCGUUGACACCAGAGCUUCAACCUCAGCCCGUCCUCGAGGUGUCAGCCCUGAAUUCGCCAAAUUCUACAAAGGAGCUAGCUCGGACGUCUUCACAUGCAUAUCAAACCCCUCUGUCACCAUCCCCUUCUCCCGAGUCAACGACGACUUUUGCGAUUGUCCUGAUGGCUCAGACGAGCCCGGCACAGCAGCAUGUUCAUAUCUCUCCCAUCUCUCCCCUCCACAGUACCACCCGGGUCCUGACACGGCCGCUGCUUCUCUUAACACCACCCUAGCCCUCCCGGGCUUCUACUGCAAGAAUAAAGGCCAUCAGCCCGCCUACAUACGGUUCGAGAGCGUCAAUGAUGGCAAAUGUGACUACGAUGUAUGCUGUGAUGGCUCCGACGAAUGGGCACAGGUUGGAGGAACCCACUGCGCCGACAAAUGCAAAGAGAUAGGUAAUGAGUUCAGAAAGCAGGAGGAAGGGAAACAGAAGGCUUUGAGGGCCGCCUUGAAACGGAAGGCUACCUUGGUAGCCGAAGCAUCACGUCUGAGGCGAGAGGUGGAACUGGCUCAUGAGAGUGCAGAGAUCAAGCUGGACGGUUUGCAGCGGAAGGUCAAAGAAGCUGAGGACAACGUGGUCGAGAUUGAACGCCGCGAGAAGCUUCGGGUGGUCCGAGGCGAUGCGGCCGGCAAAGGCUCUGGCAAACUUGGAAUACUGCUCAACCUAGCCAAGAACCGUGUGGAAGAACUCCGAAAAUACCUCGACACAACCAGGAAACAGAGGGAUGCAAUGGUUGACAGGAUCACCGAACUUGAGGGUCUACUGUCGGCUCUCAAGGACGAGCACAACCCCAACUUCAACGAUGAGGGUGUCAAACGCGCCGUUCGGGGCUGGGAAGAUUAUGCUGCGCGAGAAACAGACGACUCCUGGACCGAAGCCGAGAACCGAGAUCUCAUGGCCGUACUAGCCGAAGACAACGAAUCUAAUGGCGUCAACUGGGCUGAAUUUGAGUCUGACGACUCGCCCGCCCAACCCGAAUCCGAUGUGGCGGCACUCUAUCAGUACAGCGCAUAUCUCCCCGAUGGUUUCCGCCUAUGGAUUGACGAUAAGCUCGCCGCAAUCCGCCGGAUCCUCGUCGAAAACGGCAUCCUCGCAGAUGUGAAGGACUCCAACCCAUCACCCAGCACGGACAGCAAAGCCGUCGCCGACGCAAAGAAGAUCUUGACCGACGCAGAGCGCGAAGUUAAAACAACUGAAGCCGACUUGAAACGACACCUCGACGAUCUAGACAAAGACUACGGUCCGGACGGCGGCAUCUUCCGAGCCCUCAAGGACAAGUGCAUCAGCCGCGACAGCGGCGAGUACGAGUACGAACUGUGCUGGUUGGGCCAAACGAGACAGAAACCCAAGAGAGGUGGGGCUAACACCAGCAUGGGCAACUUUGUCGGAUUCGACCUGGAAUACGUCGAUGAAGGUGUAGGGAAAGACGGCAAGGGUCUAGGUACGGGCGAACGACUCGUGCUGAAAUAUGAAAAUGGCCAGGGUUGUUGGAACGGACCAGCUAGAUCUACACGGGUGUAUCUCGCGUGCAGUGAGGUGGAUGAAGUGUGGAAGGUCAGUGAAAGUGAAAAGUGUGUUUAUCGCAUGGAGGUCGGCACGGCGGCUGUGUGUCAAGAGCCGAACAAGCAAAAAGCAGAGGAUGUAAAUGGGGCUGGGAAAAGCAAUGAUGGCAAGAAGGAUGAAUUGUAGUAGAUUUGUAUAUCAUACUAUUUUACUCUUUGUUUGUCUAGUAGGAUCGUGGUGGUUUGGCGAAAAGGCUC